GCCUUCAUAAGCUUCUAUGUUUUAUUUAUCAGAUGGGUGUUAUGUAAGGCCCAAUCCAUGGGGCAUAAAUGGCUUAUCCUGGCCCUGGGUGUCACUGCAAUCAGUGCAUCCUUUGUGGCUGGCAUGUACUUUCAACACGAUCAUGCCAGGAGACGUUUGCAGAAUUUAAUACAAAAGGAUCCCUAUGCCUACUAUGUCAGUCCCCAAAUUUAUAAAGUGUUUGCUUUCUUUGGAAGCCCCGAUGAGGCCGACCACCGUAUGCGCCAGAUCAUGAAGUACGGCUUCCCAGGCUUGGAUGAUUUAAGGCUGUACAGUGACUUUGUGCUCUCCUACGAUCGCCGGAACCGGGUGGCCCAUUGGGUGUGUGAACACCUCCAGGCGGAUAGCAUCCGUUCCAAGCGAUUGCGACAAGGUAGAAGACAUUUUCAAGCCGAUAUGAGUGUGCCAUCCAACUUUCGGUCCGAAUUGACGGACUAUCAAAGAUCCGGUUUUGAUCGCGGUCACCUGGCGGCUGCUGGAAAUCAUCAUUUGCAGCAGAAUCACUGCCAGGAUACGUUCUUUCUCACCAACAUAGCGCCACAAAUCGGAAAGGGCUUCAAUAGUGGUGCUUGGAACAAGCUGGAGAUAUAUGUAAGAUCGCUAGUCAAUCGCUUCGGUUCCGUCUACGUGUGCACGGGUCCCCUCUACAAACCCAAGCAGAAGGCUAAUGGUAAAUUCGGAGUGGAGUAUGACAUGAUAGGACUCAAUAUGGUUGCUGUUCCCACCCACUUUUUCAAGGUUAUCAUGGUGGAAUCGAAUCAUCAUCUGGGCAAACCCUAUAUGGAGGGCUAUGUCCUGCCAAAUGCCCCGAUACCGAAUGGUUUGGCACUGCGGUCCUUUCUCUGUGACAUCCGGGAGAUCGAGCACUAUGCCGGUCUAAGGUUCUUUGAUGGAUUGAGAAGGAGCGAUUUGUUUGGCAGCAAUUAUCCCCAUGAAUCACAGGUUUUUCGCGACUUUGGUUGAUCUAAAACAAAAUUUUGG